CGCCCAUCGCGCGGAAACAACUGCUUCGUGUGUCGAGGACAGAAGUGUCUCCAACUGCCGCCCGCCGACGCUUCUUCAUCUUGUCAUGUUCUCGGGAAAGGGCAGUUUGAUUCGAAGUCGGGUGUCCUCGCCGUUCCCAACGUCGACGGCCGCAUCGCUACCUGGCUCUGUGUUCCAUCAGUCGUUCGUUGCCGCGCUCGACACAGAGUCGCGCGUCCUCCAGGACGUGUUGUCGCUUCGUCCGCUCUCGGCGGCACUGGCAUAUGCCCCUGGACGGGCUGUGACGGUCCAUGCCGCCGAAUUCUUCAGUGAAUUGACCCAAGACAGUCCCGACCAUCCGUGGAUUCCGUCCCAUCGAGCCGUGGUUCACCUCGUCGACGUACUCCUCUCGUGCAUCGACCGCAUCAACCGGCACGAAGAAACAACUCAUGAUCUAUCCGAUUCACUGCGAAGCGCCGCAGAAGCCGCGGGAUAUGCCAUGGCACACACGAUGAUUCUGUCGCAUGUUCACACCCUUCUCCACCACGACGACGCCGCUGUGGACGCCGCCACCAUUCUCCUCACAAGUGUUCUUGCGUCGUCCAUGGAGUACGGCCACAUGCACCCUCUGCACAUCCAUCCCCUCGUCCCAUCCAACGGUGUCGUUGUGUUUUCAUCAUCGUCCUGGCCGUGCUCGACGUGCCACCGCGCGGCGCUCGUGAAAACCGACGUCGUGUAUCGAUGCGCCGGCUGCGACGUGAAUUUAUGCAAAGAAUGCUUUACUCGCGUCCCAGUACUACCAUCGUCUUCGUCCAGUGGCUUGUCAUCACCUUCCCUCCCGCGCCGCCAUUCCAGCGCCACGUCGCCUCCUCGCGUCCUCGACGGCCUCUGGACGCAUGCCCUCGACACGCUCUGCGCCGCGAACAUGCACAUCGUCGUGCUCGACGUCGCGCGCCUCCUCCGCUGCCGCGUGCUGGAACUUCCCUUGACCGCCGGCGCGCCGCUUCUGCCGCUGCUGACGAUUCUCCACGACAUGGUCGUGUCGUCCGCGUCGUUUUGUCAUGCGUUGGUCCAUUCAUCGCAGUGGCUGCCGGUGGUCAUAACAGGAAAGGCCAUGGAAAUGUCUUCGUUUCUCGGCCCGUUCUUUCGGCACACGAGCUUUCCGGACGACGUCGUGCCCGGCGACUGCCUCUGCGGUCCGGCAGCCGACAAGUCGGGGGCCCGCGCGACCCUCGAUGCCGUCCAGUCGCUCCACGCGGCGGUCGUGCGCGCGUUGUGCCAACAUGGCGGGGCCGUCGCCGAAGCCACCAGGUGCUGGGUCGCGUGCACCGUCGACGCCAACGGCGUGCGUCGCCGCCUCGGCCACUCGCCGAUCGAAUGCGCGUCCGACGGGUUUCUCAUUAACGUCGCUGCGAUGGCAUGUCAAGUCGCCAAGCAACAAGUGCCCGACGAGAUGCGAGUGGACGUGACGUGGCACAUGGACCGGCCGGGGCGGCUCGCGAUGGGCGACCUCGCGCGCGUCCUGCCCAAGCGCGGAGCCGACCUAUCGACAACCAAAAGUUCCACCGACGACAGGGGGGAGAGUUUGCUGUUUUACCCCCACUACGACGGCCAUGCCGGAGUCGUGUGCGACCACUGCCAAGACAAAGACUUUGUGGGCGUUCGGUACAAAUGUAUCCACUGCGACGACUUUGACUUGUGCUCUGCGUGCUAUGACCAUGCCGUCGUCGGUUUGAUUCACGAACCCUUGCGCGACCUACCCCACCCCCCCACGCACAUGUUUCUAAGAUUGAGCAUCCCGCUGCCCCAAGUCACGACGUGGUCGUUUCGAAAGCGACCGGCCGUGGACCUGCACGAAGCCGCCACCGCGAGCUGCUGCGACGGAUGCCGUGGGCAUGGGGGGGGCUCGUCGAGUGCUCGGUCGGGCCUGUACCAAUGUAGUCAGUGCGACCGCCGUGCAUGUUUGGCCUGCGUCGACGCCGAAGAACGCGCCGCCGCCGGCAAUCCCCACCGGUUGCAUGCCCCGGGACACCAUUACGUGGACACGACACGUGUGCCCGUGCCCCCGUCGGCGUGUCGGCUCUACCAAAGCCUGUACCCGCCCCAGUUUUUACCCCCCCGAGCCGACCAGCCCGAUCUGUGGUGGUACGUUGCGAUGAAGAGUCUGCACGUCGGCCCUGUGCUCACGCUCAUGCGAUACGUGUCGGUGCACCGCGAGCACACGCAGUUGAAAGCGCUCAACAACGUGGAAACCCGCUCGAGGCAGCAAAGCCAAAGCAGCGGCGGGGGUAGCGGCGGCGGUGGCGGCGGACGGCGGUCCACGCGGUCGACCCACCACCACCACCACGCCGCCACGAUGAACGCGACCCGCGUCGACGAACUGAUCAAGACCAAGAGCGCCAUGGAGGUGCAGUUGUUUUCGCCGUCGUUUCUCCACCUCGUGUUUGGGUAUUACACCCGCGUGGCGCGGUGGCUUCUGCAUUUGAUCGCGCAACCCGACGACGAGAAUGACUUGGCACUAGCGUACGCGAUGGUUCCGGAAACGGUGCUGUGCAACCUGGCCGACGUGUUGUAUGUCGUGGGCGUCCACCCGUGCGACGGCGUGGACUGGGCACCUAAAGCCAUGGAACCGCUGGUAUCGCUCCUGUUUACGCUCGUGGGCGCGCAGUGUCUGACCAACUCGCCGCACGUUCGUGUGCAACUCGUCCGAGCGUUGCUGUCGCUGGCCCCACUCAAGUCCCCCGCGUCGACUGCCCAGAGUCCCGCGUUGGUGCUGUACGACGUGCUGGCCCUGCGCCCGACGCUGCGGCGGUCGGCUGUGCACAGUCUGCUGCGUUUUCACAAAGAUCUGGACCACUACAGCAACAGCACGGGGGGUGACUCGUCGUGGGGGCUACUUCCGGCGCGGUUGUCGGCGUUGUUGCUGCUUCGGUGGCUAUGGAACGCCCCUUGUCCGUCGUCGUCGAACGAGGCAGACGUCGACUGGGCCGGCGGCCACCACGGCAUGGGGCUCCUCUUCAGCGGCGCCCUCCAUGACAUCACCCGCCUCCUAGACGAAGCCACGUCCAAGGUGCUCGCGAUGCGCCGAAUCCAGGAGCUCCAGGACAGCCCCACGUCCACCACGGGCGCGUACUUUCAGCCGGCCAUGAUGCAGUCGUAUAUGGCGCUGCACUUCAACAAAGCUCGAACGACGUUUCGCGUGUUGAUCGAAUGCCUCGAGCUCGUCGCGUGGAUCGUGGCCGAGCCGUCGCUUCGUGCCGUUCUGUGUCGGCGGUCGCUGGUGGACCAAACAGCGUCGACGCUGUCGUUUGUAGUCGCGACGCUCGAGACGCACCUCCAUCCGUCCAAGUGGGGCUUCUCGGCGGAAAUCUACCAGGACGGCAUGCUCGCGCUCGCCGAGGCGCUGCUUGUGGUCGUCCGGUGCGCCGGGCUGCAUCACUCGUGCCCCGAAGCGUCGGCGUGGAAACUAUCCAACUACGCAGGCAUCCUCAUGGAGGAAAAGAUUGGCGACUUGGACGUGCACCAGCGGUGGAAACUGAGCUCGUGCUUGUUUCGUCUGGAAAAAGACGCGGCAGCGGCUCGGGGGAUGGCGGCGGCGCAAAGCAUUCCGCCACCACCGCCGCCACUCGACCGAGACGUUGGUAGUGACAACGAGCCGGACGAAGAGUCGGCUGACCGCGCCUUGGCGGCGCUAGAGGCCAAAGCCGGCGAGGACCGGAGCCUCGAAGACGCGAGUCGGGUGGAGCGGCAGCUCGCGGCGCGAUUUGUGUCGGCGUUGGCGGCGGACGGUCGAUUCGAGUCGGUGCGGUUCCGACGGGCCGCGGUGCUUCUGCGGUCGGACCCGUCGCUCACGAGCGUGUGGCGGGAGAAAUUCCUUCAAGUGGUGGACCAUACCGAGCAAGUGAUGGCGCUGCACGAGCAAAUGGACGCGCGCCUUGGCGCCGUGCCGGACGAGUAUCUGGACCCGAUUCUCAAUACGCUGAUGCUGCACCCGGUGCAGCUGCCGUCCGGGCACAUUGUGGACCGGUCGAUGAUCGAGCGUCAUUUGCUGUCGGCCAGCGUAAACCCGUUUAGCCGCGAGCCGUUGACGGUGGAGAUGCUGAGGCCGUGCCCGGAGCUGCAGCACACAAUCGCUCGGUUUGUGCGGUCGAAACUGAGACAGGACAACUCGAUUGGUAUGAUGGCAGACCAAGAAGCAUGGGGGCUCGGAUGGGAAUGUCUGUUUGAAGGCACGAGUUUGCCUAACGAUUAAUAAUAAUAUCAGUGACCAGUUGUUGCUUCCCUC